AUAAAACCAACUCCCCAUUAACAAAUCCUAUGCCCAACAACCCCACAAAAUGUAUACGUAAUCAAUUCUAUUCCAAUCGGCAUAAAAUACCCCCCAGAGUGCUUUUUAGAUGAAACUAUUAAUAAAAGAGUGUCCUAGAGGUGUUUUUGUGGUAUGAGCCUCGGAUUUAGCGAAAAUGGGCGCUCAACAAGGCAAGGAGCGCGCUUUGCAACAGGCUUCGGCCAGUGUGAGGUCUAGCAGAGCCAAAGGCAGGCCCCAAUUGCAAAAUGUCAAGGAUCAGAGGAACCUGGGGAGUAAUAUUUUCACGGAACACAGUGAAGCCCUUUUACAAUCCCGUCCACUGCCGCACAUUCCGGACGCCACUUCUGGAGACUUAUUAUCCGGAGACCCCUCAGCGACAACUGUAGGGGGCGCCGGAGCAUCCGCAGGCGCCAACAUCUCUGCUUCGAACACAUGUAGCAAUAAUUCUAAUUCGAAUACACUCGAUACUGCAAACAUUCGAUGGACCUCUAAGGAAAAUCUGCUGGCACAAGUCGAAGAGGAUGAUCCCCAACUCUUUGUAGCUUUAUAUGAUUUUCAAGCUGGAGGAGAAAAUCAAUUGAGUUUAAAGAAAGGGGAGCAAGUCCGUAUACUGAGUUACAACAAAUCAGGCGAAUGGUGUGAGGCUCACUCGAGUGCUGGAUUAGUUGGAUGGGUACCGAGUAAUUAUGUGACACCUGUGAAUUCCUUAGAAAAACACUCAUGGUACCAUGGACCUAUUGCUAGGAAUGCUGCUGAGUAUUUGCUCAGUAGUGGAAUCAAUGGAAGCUUUCUGGUUCGGGAGUCUGAAAGCAGUCCAGGCCAACGUUCCAUAUCCCUUCGAUACGAAGGCAGAGUGUACCAUUACAGAAUCAACGAAGACCCCACCGAUUGUAAAGUCUACGUAACCGUCGAUUCUAAAUUUAACACUUUGGCAGAACUGGUGCACCAUCAUUCAGUUUUGGCUGAUGGUCUUAUAACCCAAUUGCUGUAUCCUGCACCUAAACAUGAUAAGCCUACAGUUUUUCCAUUGAGUCCAGAGCCCGAUGAAUGGGAGAUUAAUAGGACAGCUAUUGUAAUGAAACAUAAACUUGGGGGAGGACAGUAUGGGGAUGUUUAUGAAGCUGUUUGGAAAAGAUACACAAUGACAGUUGCUGUGAAGACUUUAAAAGAAGAUACGAUGGCUCUAAAAGACUUUUUAGAAGAAGCAUCGAUAAUGAAAGAAAUGAAGCACCCAAAUCUAGUGCAACUGAUUGGUGUAUGUACGAGAGAACCACCUUUUUAUAUUAUAACCGAAUUCAUGAGUCGAGGAAAUUUACUCGAUUAUCUACGAAAUGGAAAUAAGGAACAAAUUAAUGCGGUCGUGUUGAUGUAUAUUGCAACACAGAUUGCUAGUGGGAUGAGUUACUUGGAGAGCAGGAGCUUCAUCCACAGGGAUUUGGCUGCUCGCAAUUGUCUAGUAGGCGAAAACCAUUUAGUAAAAGUAGCAGAUUUUGGUUUAGCUCGUCUCAUGAGAGACGAUACGUACACAGCACAUGCCGGUGCCAAGUUCCCCAUAAAGUGGACAGCACCCGAAGGCUUAGCUUAUAAUAAAUUUUCUACGAAAAGUGAUGUGUGGGCCUUCGGAGUGCUCCUUUGGGAAAUUGCUACUUACGGAAUGUCGCCGUAUCCAGGGGUCGACUUGACGGAUGUUUAUCAUAUGUUGGAAAAGGGUUACAGAAUGGAAUGUCCCCCAGGAUGUCCUCCAAAGAUCUACGAACUAAUGCGAGCUUGUUGGCAAUGGAACACGCACGACAGGCCUAGUUUUGAAGGCAUCCAUCAUGCUCUUGAGCAUAUGUUCCAGGAAUCGAGUGUCACUGAGGAAGUUGAAAAACAAUUACAGGGUACAGCAAUGAAUAAUGUCAGUUCAACUCAACCUCAAGGCACAAAUCUUUCUGUUGAACGAGGAAAUUUAAAUCGGGAAUCAAAGAGGUCUUUGGCAGGCAGUGUUGGUAAUAUUCAUGGCUUGGUCAAUGAGCAAGGGCGGCAUGCCAGUUACACCUAG